GAGCAGAUCGUCUCUAUGACAACAUAGAAGAUAUGAUUGGGUAUCGUCCCUGGCCAGUGAUGAAGUACUGUUGGCUUUAUGUUACCCCUACAGUCUGUUUGGUGAGUGGUUGGCUUGCUGUUUUGUCAAAAAUCUUUCUUCAAGGAAAAUAUACAUAAAAAACAUCAACUAUAAUAUUAUGGUUUUAAUAUGAAUGAUAUUAUCUCAUGCAACAUGCCCAAGAAACAAUACAAAUCCAUAACAAUUCAUGAUAGAAUGACAUGCCUAUGUUAUUAUUUGUUUGUCUUCAGGGUACCUUCAUCUUUUCCUUGGUACAGUACAAGCCCCUAAAGUUCAACAAAACCUAUGUGUACCCUGACUGGGCGUAUGCAUUGGGGUGGUUCCUGGGGCUUGCCUGUGUGGCUCUGGUGCCUCUGUGGAUGAUCUGGAAGGUCUAUCGGUCCAAAUUGACAGUCUGG